AUGGUAGAGGACGAGGGGGUGACCGGCUUGCGCGGCGUCUGUGGCACAAAGCGCGUGAAUGCCGCGCGCCCUGGCGGUAAUAGCGAAGACGACGAGGAGAGAAGAAAUAUCUCCCUGACCAAAGAUGACACCACCCACUCGCAGGAAGACGAAGGAGGAGGAGGUGCAGGAGGAGGAAAAGAAGAAGGAGAAGGAGAGUUUCCUCCGUUGGGCACCUCAAAAGGGACCAUCCAGAUGUCCAUUCGGGGGAUCAAAGUGGACAGGUUGAACUUGAACUUGAGCUCGUUUAGACGGAAGAAGGAAGAAGAAAAAAAAAAAGAAAAAAAAGAAAAACAGGAUGAAGAUGGCGGAGAUGAUUGCGAUGAUGAACACGGCGAUGAUCCCCCAAGUGGCACCCCCAUGUCGGACAAGGAAGAUGUUCUGACCGCGAGCAGCUCCACUUGCACGGAGCUCUUGGAUGGUCGAUUAUUGCUAAGUGGAUAUGAAUUCGCAUCGAACGAUGAAGAAAUGAGAAAAAAAUAUAUCACCCACAUUGUUAACAUGGGAGGGGAGGAAUGCCCAAAUAAAUUUGAAGGCUCUCAUUCCUACAGAACCUACUACGUGAAGGAUGACUUGCGACAAGAUAUUUUUUACACUCUGCUAGAUGCCGCUCACUAUAUCGAAGAAAUACUAAGUAGUAAUGAAGGAAAUAAAAUUCUUGUGCAUUGUAAAAAAGGAGUUUCCAGAUCUGUCAUCGUAAUUAUAUUUUUUCUCAUGACCCACUUGGAGUUAUCUUUUGCAGAUGCAUUCGACUUGGUGAAGAGGCAACGCCCUCUGUCUAACCCUAACUUGAGUUUCGUUUCACAGUUAUUGCGUCUCUUUGUGUUGCGCAAGCGCCUUCGGAGUUUUGGCAAGGAACCAACCGACCUCGUCGGUAGCACGGAGGUAGCAACUCUGGAGGAAUCUCCCCAAUAUAUUCACCCCACAGAGGAAGUUACAUUCAUUUUCCGAAUCUCUGCAACGGGUAAGGAACUCACAUUGACCAACAUGAAUAGUUUCUCCACAGAUUUAGACACCUGCACAGACACGGAGACUACAAAACCCAUACAGAUAGAUGAACGCUUUAACUACGUGUUGACAAGGCACUUCCGUGCAUUCUACUUGUUGGUGCUUGAUCCUACCUUCGAAGAUGUGUGCACUCCCCUCUUUGAGCGUUUUGCGAAAAUAUGUAAAUCCUUUUUUCAUGGUGACCUUGCCGAUUCAACCGACUUGACCCAAACGAUUGUUCGCUCCCAUGUCGGCAACUUCAUGCAACGACUUCAAUUGGACACACAACUUUUUAGUCGCCUUCCCUGUAAUGACGAGGCAUAUCUGAAGCUACGGGAGGUUCUACAGCUACAGGGGGGAGGGGGGGCAACCACUAGAUAA